GCCAGGGGUGUGCUCAGCACCUGGUCUUCUGGUCACUCCCACUGACCCUCCCCAUUAGUGAUAUUGGGCCUUGUUAAAGCUGAGCUCCUUGGCUUAAGCAUUUCAACUCUCUGGGAACAUUGAGCCCCUCUGAGUGUGACCCCUGAGUGUGGCCACUGAGGCUCUGUGCCAUGUCCUCUGAAUUACAGGGCACUUGCCCAGCAUGGUGCCUAUUUGGGAUCUUGACUCUACUCCUGUGUCCUUCUGGUUUGUGUGAUUGCCAAAUGCCUCCCCCCAUUGCCCAUGGAUUCUAUAAGGAUAUGAGUUCAUUGUUAUCCUUUACUACUGUGAUACACUAUGGAUGUGAUGAAGGAUAUGUUCUGGAUGGAAAGGCUAAAAUCACCUGCUCAUAUUCACGUUGGUCAUCUCCAGCUCCUCAGUGUAAAGCUCAGUGUCUGAAACCAGAGAUAGAAAAUGGAAAGCUGUCUGUCGAUGAGAAUCAGUACGUUGAACAUGAAAAUAUUGCCAUCCCGAAUCAUUAUAUUGAAUCUGAAAAUGUCACUGUUCAAUGUGACCCUGGCUAUGCUGUGGUUGGCCCCCAAACUAUCACCUGCACAGAGAACGGAACCUGGUACCCAGAGGUGCCCAAGUGUGAGUGGGAUAUGCCUAAUGGCUGUGAGAGUGUGUUUACAGGCAGAAAACUCAUACAGUGUCUCCCGUUCCCAGAGGAUGUGAAGAUGGUCCUGGAGGUGUAUAAGCUGUCUCUGGAGAUUAAACAACUGGAGCAAAAGUGAGACUUGAAGAGGAAGAGCACCAGUUAGAAACUUGUCCAUCUACCCACCUCCAGUAUAGAGCAUUUGGUAUAUUAUAUUUUUCUCCAGGAAUUCUACUGCUCCUUAGGUACUAUUAUUCACUACAGCAGUGUUUUUCAACCUCUUUUUUAAUCUCACGGCACACUUGAACAUAUAGUGAAACUUCCACAGCACACUUAAACUAUGUUGAUCAAUAAAAAAGA